AUGGUUCAGCUUGUAGCUGACAAGCAUGUACGUUACAUUCUGAUGGCAGAAAAGAAGAAAGAGAGUUUUGAGUCUGUGGUGAUGGAUCAUCUAAGAAUGAAUGGUGCAUACUGGGGACUGACCGCUCUGGAUUUACUCGAGAAGCUGGGUUCUGUUUCCAAAGAUGAAGUGGUUUCAUGGGUCAUGACAUGCUACCAUGAAUCUGGUGGCUUUGCCGGAAAUACAGGACAUGAUCCACAUAUUUUAUAUACACUCAGUGCUGUACAAAUAUUGGCCCUCUUUGACAAACUAGACAUUCUUGACGUUGGAAAAGUAUCAAGCUAUGUUGCUGGAUUGCAGAAUGAAGAUGGAUCCUUCUCAGGAGAUAUAUGGGGAGAAAUAGAUACGAGGUUUUCGUACAUAGCUAUAUGCUGUCUCUCAAUAUUAAAAUGUCUUGACAAAAUUAAUGUGAAGAAGGCCGUUGAUUACAUUGUGAGCUGCAAAAACUUGGAUGGUGGUUUUGGGUGCACUCCUGGAGCAGAGUCUCAUGCAGGACAGAUUUUCUGUUGCGUGGGUGCUCUUGCUAUCACAGGGAAUCUCCAUCAUGUUGAUAAGGACUUACUUGGCUGGUGGUUAUGUGAAAGACAAGGCAAGACUGGGGGUUUAAAUGGACGACCCGAGAAACUCCCUGAUGUUUGCUAUUCUUGGUGGGUCCUAUCGAGCCUAAUCAUGAUAGAUAGAGUUCACUGGAUCGACAAAGCAAAGCUUGUCAAGUUCAUCUUAGAUUGUCAGGAUUUGGAUAACGGAGGCAUCUCAGACAGACCCGAUGAUGCUGUUGAUAUCUUCCACACCUACUUUGGAGUUGCGGGGCUUUCCCUCCUUGAGUAUCAUGGAGUGAAAGCAAUUGAUCCUGCCUACGCCUUGCCUGUUGAUGUCAUUAACCGGAUUAUCUUCACCAAAUGA